CUUGAGUUCUUCUCGUUUGCAUAAAGAUCAGCAUCCCAUACAGGGCUGCGCUAGAUUGACUGCGCCCAGCAUGGACGGGGAGUUUGGCAAAUUUCUCUCGUCGUCGCUUUUUACAUUCAUUCUCGGGGCGGAUAGAAAGCAGAUAACCGUGCAUUCUAGCCCUCUAGCCAGCCUUUCACCCGCCCUUGAUACGCUCAUGAAUGGCACAAUGCUGGAUGCGAGGCUUCGUCACGUCGAAUGGCCCAAGGUUGAUGAGGAUACCUUCAUUCGACUGUGUGAAUACGCCUAUAUUCGAAACUACACGCCGCCACCGUGUGAAGAGAGACCAGAAGACGCCAUGCCACAGGGAUCAGAUGUAGAAGAUAAAGUGAAUAACUGGCAUACAGCCUUGCAGGAUCUCACAAACGGCGCUGACGUAGACUAUGAGCCUCCGGAAGCUCCAGAUCCGAUACCAGAGCCGGAGCCAGAGCCGGAGCCGUAUCCGGAAAGUCCUGCAGACUAUGUUCCCUCACCUUUUGAUGGCUAUGAGCUACCAUAUCGGGAGAAAAGCAUAUGGAUUCAUCAACUCCGCGACAAAUUCAGGAAACUCAGAUUCGACCUUACGGCGCAUGAAACCGCGUCAACUCAGAAUUUCAAUCCAAAAGCAAACACGAGGCCUAAUGAAGAUUUCACCCCCGUUCUCCUGGGACAUGCUAGGCUAUAUGUCGUUGCUGAUACAUACAGGAUUCAAUCGCUCUGUCAGCUAGUCCUGCAUAAGCUUAAGGAGACGUUGGAGAUAUUCACACUGUGUGAGACCAAUGUGUCGGACGUUAUUGAGUUUGUUCGAUUUGUAUAUGCCCAUACACCCCGUCUUGAUAACAAGGAUGAGUUGAGGACCUUGGCUACAAGUUAUAUUGUAUCUGUUCUCGGGCAGCUUGGCGACUGUAAAUUAUUUCAGGACCUUUUGGCAGAGGGGGGCGAUUUUCUUGUUGACUUCUGGCAGAUCGUUUGGCGCUGAUCAUGGAUUGUCUUCGAUAACAGAAUGGAGCUUGCAUAUAUUUAUCAUAGGAGAAAGUUUGUUGUCAGUCUACUUAUGAAAGGCCAG